CUCUGAUGAAAUUGGUUGGAGUUCAUAUCUUCAUCGUACUUGUUGGUCCUCAGUUGAAAAUUUAUUUUAGUAGGGUUCAUAUAAAUAUUUAUAAUUAAAUAUAAUUGUUACUCUAAAAUGGGGCAAGUUUUCAUGUGGAAAUAUUUCGUGGGGAUUUUUCUGCUCGGGGUGUGUCUGACGGAAAUAACUGCACAGAUUACCGAUCAAGACGUAGUCAACAUCAUAGAUCGUGAAUGGAACAACGAAGUCAGGCGACAACGAAUGAUUGACGAUAUCAUUUAUGAUCUCGAUAUUGGCGAACGAUUUAAGGACUUGACCGGAAUUACGUUGGGCGCCGCAGUUGCAAUUUUGAUCGUGGUCAUCAUCAUCCCAAACUUGGUCAUACUUCUGGUCAUAUUUACGUUCUGCUAUUGCUGCCAGUGUGGUGUCUUUCAGAAACCUAAAUCAACCACGAAUUUCGUACACCACCAGCCACAGACUUACGCAGCCCCCAGUCCUGCAUACGCCCCACAAGCAAGUAAACCUGUAGGACCUGCAGUACCACCGAAACCACAGCACAAUUACUCGCCAAGUCCUCCACCAUCCUCUGGGAUGUGGCCUUGGGGGAAAGAAGACGGAAACCAACAACAAGGAAUCCAAAAUCAAGGGUACAACAGCCAGUAUUAAUUAAAUCUUCCUCGAAUUUAUGUAUCCAUCAAGCGGAAUGACCUCGCCCUAAACUAAUUGUAAGCAUGUAAAUUCACCCUGACGAAUGUUUAAAAUAUAAGUAAAUGAAUUUCCUAAGAAUUGUACACUAAAUUUUUUUCUACGAAUAAAAUAAAUAACUAAUGCUGAUAACGAAA